AACUGCACCGUCAGCUCAGGAGGACCUUACAGAAGCUCAUUCAGUUGGAUGUGAAUAUUCUGCAUCCCAUUUGAGUUCUGCUUGAGAUGGCAGUUGGGAUGACAUCUCAGCUCUUCCAAGGAGCGACUUCUACCAACAGAUUUAGUCAAACCAACAAAUUUAGGGUACAUAUUGCUCUUGCUUUGCUUUUACUUCAUACUAUCUUAAUUUUCUAUUUCAUGAUUGUCUGGCCCCCCUUCCCUACAGAGCCCGGAGAAGCGUUCUUUCUCCUUGCCAUCUACUUCGCUUCCUUCAGUUGCUUAUGGGCGAGAUCCAUUGGUCCGGAACGUGUUGGAGAGGAGCUACAGGCCCAUGCUUUAUGUGCCUUGCAGAUAUAGGGCCUCGGGUGCUAAAUCUUUUGCCUUGCCAGUUUCUUGGCAGGAAAUUCCUCUGUUCAAGAGCACGUCGUCAGCUUUGGCUAGGUCGUGUGACAGUUUACUUGCAAAUCCUGCUACUGCCUUUGUGGCACCUGCAAUUGGAAUAAUUGUCUUUGCUCUAUGGGGUUUUUUGCCUCUAAUGAAGGACAUCAGAAAUCGUAUUGAUCAUGGAGGAAACUGGAAACAGAGCCCUACUUACCUAAUUUCUAGAUCCUACCUUCAACCUUUGCUUCUUUGGACAGGAGCGACACUUAUCUGCAGGGGUUUGGAUCCAGUUGUGCUGCCUUCAGCAGCAAGCCAAGCUGUUAAAACACGUCUUGUAACUUUUGUGAGAUCAUUAUCUACCGUCCUGGCUUCUGCAUAUAUUAUGACAAGCUUGAUUCAGCAGGUACAUAAAUUCCUAGUGGACACACGUAACCCCAAUGAUAGAAGAAAUAUGGGUUUGGAUUUUACCACGAAAGCUGUUUAUACCGGCAUUUGGAUUGCUGCUGUUUCUCUCUUUAUGGAGUUGCUGGGUGUCAAUACCAAGAAGUGGAUAACUGCUGGAGGUUUUGGGACAGUAUUGCUUACACUUGCUGGUCGUGAGAUCUUGACCAACUUCAUCUCAAGUAUUAUGAUCAAUGCCUCACGCCCAUUUGUUGUGAACGAAUGGAUCACUACAAAAAUAGAUGGUGUUGAGGUCACUGGUGUUGUUGAGCAUGUAGGCAUGUGGUCUCCAACAGUUAUUAGAGGUGAUGAUAAAGAAGCUAUAUACAUUCCUAACCAUAAGUUCACAGUGUCUAUAGUGAGAAAUAACACUCGAAGGAGCCAUUGGCGUAUUAAGACCUAUGUUGCGAUAAGCCACAUGGAUGCUGGAAAAAUUAGUAUAAUUGUUGCGGACAUGAGGAAAGUCUUGGCAAAAAAUCAUAAUAUAGAGCAACAGAGGCUACAUAGAAGAGUAUUUUUUGAGAAAAUUGAUGAAGAAACUCAAGCUCUCAUGAUUUAUAUAUCCUGCUUUGUGAAGACUUCACAUUUUGAGGAGUAUCUUAAUGUCCAGGAAGAUGUUAUGUUAGAUUUUCUUAGAAUAGUUGGCUAUCACAGGGCAAGGCUGGCAACCCAAACUCGAACAGUCCAGAAAUCAUAUGGAAAUGCAGACAUUGAUAACAUUCCAUUUGGAGAGGAGAUGUAUAACCGUGUACGCGGCCGUCCACUUCUGAUUGAUACCUCUGCAAAGGUCAGUGAAGGCAAGUCUAAAUCUAGACCAACAUCACGUGAAGAGCGGAAUGUCAAGUCAAGCAUAUCACCAGAUACCAAGUCAGUUUCACCUGAUAGUGCUAGUUUAAGCAGCUCUGACAAGAAGGAACAUAAAAAAAAUGUGUCAGAAGAUGGUGCGAUGAAGAACAGCAAGAAUGGUCAAGGGACAUCCACACCAACAUCUCUUCAGACAGAAAAUGGUGAUCCUGUCACGUCAACCUCCAAGGCCGCAGAACGACAAGGAGAUGGGUCAGUUUCUCUUCCUAAUCCUAAGAAAGAAUCUAGACCUGCCAUGGAAGAUAACAUUGUUCUGGGUGUAGCUCUUGAGGGCUCCAAGAGGACACUCCCCAUUGAAGAAGGAACAGAGCCUCUUGUACCCGAAAGUGAGCAAGAUACAGUUGAAGUUGGUUCAUUACCUAAUGAUAAGAAAGGUCAAAGCCUCACGCCGUGAGGUUGAUAGAUCGAGAGAAUGCUGGCCACAGUAAUCUUGAUUGUUGACAGGCGAUCCAAGUUCAAACAAGGUCCUUGCCAAGGAUUUGUCACCAUGCCUGCCUUUUUUGUGUGCUGGUGCAAAUGCUAUCUGCCAUGCAUCUUUUUCUUGUUGUAAAUCUCGGCCGCUAAUAAUUCUUUUUUGGU